AUGCCUGCAGCGACCACGUCCGGCUCGGCGGACACCCCGAAGCUCACCGAAGCGCAGUCGCUGGCCAAGAGCUCGCCCGAAAAGGCCGAGGCCAUCUACAAAGAUGUGCUAUCACGGCAUCCCGGGUCAAGCGAAGCGGCUAUGAAAACGUUCGAGUCGGCGUUAAUAGGCUUGGGCGGGCUGUACCGCGACCAGAAUAAGGCGAACGAGCUGGCCGAGUUGGUCGGGCAAACACGAGAUUCGCUCAGUGGGUUCGCGAAGGCGAAGACGGCGAAAUUAGUUCGCCAACUACUCGAUCUCUUCAGCGGGAUCCCCAAAUCACUCGAAAUCCAAAUCGCCAUCACACGCUCAUGCAUCGACUGGGCCAACCGCGAACGCCGGUCCUUCCUCCGCCAGUCCCUGGAAACCCGCCUCGUCGCCCUCUACAUGGAGAAGAAAACCUACUUCGAAGCCCUCCAACUCGUCAACACCCUCCUACGCGAACUCAAGCGCCUCGACGACAAGCUCAUGCUCGUCGAGGUCCAACUCUUGGAAUCCCGCAUCUACCAUGCCUUGGGCAACGUGCCGAAAGGGCGGGCAGCGUUGACGAGCGCCCGGACAUCGGCGGCGAGCGUAUACACGCCCCCGGCUCUGCAGGCGGCGCUGGACAUGCAGAGCGGGAUGCUCCACGCCGAAGACAAGGACUUUUCCACGGCGUUCAGCUAUUUCGUUGAGGCGUUGGAGGGCUACCACGCGCAGGAGGACAAGCAGAAGGCCACAGCGGCACUGCAAUACAUGCUGCUCUGCAAAGUGAUGCUGAACGCCGGCAACGACGUCUCCUCGAUCCUGCUCUCGAAGCACGCGGUGCGGUACGCCGGGCCCGGGCUGGACGCGAUGAAGGCGGUGGCGCGCGCGCACGAGAACCGCAGCCUGGAGGAGUACGAGAAGGCGCUGACGAAGUUCCGCUGGAACCUCGGGGCCGACCGGUUCGUCGCCAGCCACCUCGCGCACCUCUACGACGCGAUGCUGGAGCAGAAUUUGGUGAAGCUCAUCGAGCCGUACAGUCGAGUGGAGAUCGCGCACGUCGCGAAGCAGGUGGGGCUGGACACGCACCAGGUGGAGCGGAAGCUAAGCCAGAUGAUCCUGGAUAAGGUGAUCGUGGGCGUGCUAGAUCAGGGAACGAAGUGUCUGAUUGUGUACGACGAGGGAGAGCGGGAUGGGGGUUACGACGCGGCGCUGGAGACGAUCGAGAAGUUGAGCAACGUGGUGGACGUGCUGUACACCAACCAGGCUUCCAUGUUGGAGUGA